UUAAGCGCGCGUGUGCCCGUUGCUUUGUUCCUGUGUGCAAGGAGAUGUGACGUGAGCAGAUAUUAAAGUUUAUGCAGUUCAAGACACAAGUUUGGAUUUAUACUUCAACAAUUCUACAUGAACUCUUAAUUAUACGUUACAGGGCUAUACGGUUUAUCGAACACUUAUUUACCGAACCGUUCCAAAGCCAUUAAUUUCUGAUCAACUACACCGACCAGGCCCCACUGUCAAAAGGGUUCAUAUUUCGCACAGAUAAAACAUAGAUGGUGCUGUCGUCGGCGAGGAGCCGCGUGGGAGCGAUGGACCCGUCCUGGGAGACGCCCUUCUCACUGACGACCACAUCCAUCAUUGACGGGGUGGACACGUGGGAGCAGACGAAGGAAGCUGCGGAGUUCAGCGAUAAGGACAAGGGGUGCACCGACUCGCAGGCCGAUCGCUCUGGUCUCUACUCCCCCGUCACCAACGCCAUCUACCGCACCAUGCGCAUCUGGAUGGGCUUCAUCUUGCUGGCCGGUGGCAUUGCGUCCAUCCCAGUCGCUGUCAACAGCAGAUUCGGCCGCAGAGUUAUCUACAUGGCGAUGACUGCCUACUCCGUUAUCUGCCUAACCAUGCACUGGCUCAUGACCGCGAAGAGUGUGUGGGCUCUCACCAAAUACGAGGAAUUGCAAGAACGGAAGACAUCCCUGCUUGUGAUAGUGGGAAGCUGCUGGAUUCUGUCCAACACUCUAAUGACCACGUGCCUGUGGAUCUCCUUCCAGUGCAAGAAUGGCAUGAAAGCAUUCUUCCACUACUGGCACGAUGUGUGGGGAUCGGAUCUGUCGCAGGCAGUGGGCAGAAGUGGCGUGUUUGGAGAUUCGUGCCGGAUAUUCUUCACAAAGCAGAAUCGUAGCCUGAUCAUCCGCUGCGCCAUACACGUGGCCAUUACCUUAGUCCUAGUCGUGAUUAGCCUCGCCUUCGGCAUCCUGGACCCGGACAAGAUGAUCUUGCGUGCGUUCGCCGAGCCGCUCGACUCAGCAACGUUCCGCCAUCUUGCAACCUUCAUGAUGGUGUUUGGCGUCAUCACUUACAUCACCAUACCCUUCCUCUUCUGCAUGUGGUGCCACCUCCUCGGCCGCCAGUUCAGCGCCGUGGCGCUCAGCGUCGAGAUUCUUGGCCGGAUCGUCAGGGGGCGCCACCGCGGCGACCGGCGCGGUCUCGCAGCGCUGCCGGCAUGCGACGUGGGCAUGCUGCGUCACGUGGCGCGUCGCGCACCGCCGCUGCGCGUCGACGACGCCGAGCUGGAUGAUGGCACCAUCACGGCGCUGCUGGGGCGGCUGCGCUGCGAGCAUCACAAGCUGUGCGGCGCGGUCGAGCGACUCGACGUCACGUUCAGCCAGAUGCUGCUGCUGCUGUACGCGACCAACCUGCCGCUGCUCUGCUUCACCGCCUACCUGCUCGCUACGGCCAGCCUCGACCGCUGGACCUUCACGGCCAUAGCCCUCUUCAUGGUCAUGCAGACGUACCUGGUUGUCGGGGUCUCGCUCUACGCUGCCUCCCUCAACAUCAAGGCACACUCGGCUAAAGAUUCCGUGUUCGGCUUCCCGAUCAAGGAGUGUGAUGAACCGAGCAACAGCAUAAUAUUGGAGAUAAAUCUGUUCUUGUUCCGUCUCACCGGCGAGCCAAUGGAUUUUCGUUGCCAGCAUGUUUGUCAUCACCAAGGCGUUCUGAUGACGGUGAGUAGCAACGACUGA